AUGUCGUUCUCCCUGUGGGUCUGCAAAAACUGGCCUGCUCCUGGCUCGUGGCUGCUGGACAGAGCCGCACCAGGGCCUGGCACGGGGCACGCAUCCCUUCACCAAGCGCACCCCAGCCCCGGCCAGCCGGCUCCCCCGAGCCGUCUUUCAGCCCUCAGCAGCGAUAAGACCAGCAAAUAUGUGUGUUUAAAUAAGCGAUUCCCACCUCUAACUCCCUCCUUUCUCUCUUUGUUAAUCUGUGCAGCACAGUCCGAGGGGAGACCAUGUGAAUAUAACUCCAAAAUCUACCAGAACGGUGAAAGCUUCCAGCCGAACUGUAAACACCAGUGUACGUGCAUAGAUGGAGCUGUGGGCUGCAUCCCGCUCUGCCCGCAGGAGCUCUCCCUUCCUAACCUGGGCUGCCCCAGCCCCAGGCUGGUCAAAGUCCCCGGGCAGUGCUGCGAGGAGUGGGUCUGCGACGAAAGCAAGGAUGCGCUGGAUGAGAUGGAAGGCUUCUUCAGCAAAGAGUUUGGUCUGGAUGUGUCUGAAGGCGAAUUAACCAGGAACAAUGAGUUAAUUGCCAUUGUGAAAGGAGGCCUGAAAAUGCUACCUGUUUUUGGAUCCGAGCCACAAAGCCGAGCAUUUGAGAAUCCCAAAUGCAUCGUGCAAACAACUUCCUGGUCCCAGUGCUCAAAGACCUGUGGAACUGGCAUCUCUACAAGGGUUACCAAUGAUAAUCCUGACUGUAAACUCAUCAAAGAGACCAGGAUAUGUGAAGUGAGGCCAUGUGGCCAGCCUAGCUAUGCCUCCCUGAAGAAGGGAAAAAAAUGUACCAAGACGAAGAAGUCCCAGGCCCCUGUGAAGUUUACUUAUGCUGGAUGUUCUAGCGUGAAGAAGUAUCGCCCCAAGUACUGUGGCUCGUGCGUGGAUGGAAGAUGCUGUACUCCCCAGCAGACCAGGACUGUCAAGAUCAGGUUUCGUUGUGAUGAUGGAGAAACCUUCACUAAGAGUGUCAUGAUGAUCCAGUCUUGCAGAUGCAACUACAACUGUCCACAUGCAAAUGAAGCUUAUCCUUACUACAGACUUGUCAAUGACAUUCACAAAUUUAGGGACUAAGUCACGUUGGGGGUGGGAUGCUAAACAGAAUUUUGAAGUAACCAGCCAUGGAGAAAGGACUCUUAUGAUGGAAGUGGUGCCUUGCCCAUUUGAGGGCAACACUGAGAUGUUACAAGAGUGCACUGUGCAACUG